AUGCGGUAUCCCUUCUGGUUUGGAGGAAGCGCAAGCAGCUUGGCCGCCUGCGUUACGCAUCCAUUGGACUUGAGUAUGUUUGCCUCUGUUCGCCUGCAAACCCGCAAAGCCGAUGGCCCCAAGUCCAUGAGCGGGACCUUUGUCCACGUCGUCAAGAACGAUGGCCCGCUGGGCCUCUACAGCGGCAUCUCGGCGUCGCUGCUCCGCCAGCUCACGUACUCGACCGCCCGGUUCGGCAUCUACGAGGAGGUCAAGCAGCGCUAUAUCCGCUCCCAUGGCGGCAAGGAGCCGUCGUUCCCCGCGCUGAUAGCCAUGGCCGUCGGCUCGGGUUUCGUCGGCGGUGUUGCCGGCAACUUUGCCGACGUGAUCAACGUGCGCAUGCAGCACGACGCCGCCCUGCCGCCAGCCGAGCGCCGCAACUACAAGCAUGCCCUCGACGGCAUGGUCCGCAUAGCCAGGGAGGAGGGCGCCCUGAGCUGGUUCCGCGGCUGGCUGCCCAACAGCUGUCGCGCCGCCGUCAUGACGGCCGGCCAACUGGCGACGUACGACACCUUCAAGCGCCUGCUGCUGGACUACACCCCCAUGGGCGACACCCUCACCACGCACUUCACCGCGUCCUUCCUGGCCGGCCUGGCUGCCGCCACGGCAACGAGCCCAAUCGAUGUCAUCAAGACCCGUGUCAUGUCCACGUCACACAAGCAAGGCAUCCUGCAUCUUGUAAGAGACAUCAACAGAGCCGAGGGUAUUCGCUGGAUGUUCAAGGGCUGGGUGCCCAGCUUCCUGAGACUUGGCCCACACACCAUUUGUACAUUCAUCUUCCUAGAGAUGCACCGCAAGGCAUAUAGAAAGGUAAAAGGCCUGGAUGAAAAGGCAACAUAG